ACAAUUAAUAACGGAACCCCAGUCAAUGCUAAAAUACGUACUAAAUACUGUAGUGUGGUGAAUACCAUUAACCACUUGGAAUGUUCAAUGCAAUUUCUCAUCUAUUCGGCCAAUCCUGUGGCUUUUCCUGAAGCCAAUGCUUCUCUAAAUUAUGGUGUUUUAAUCAUCUUGAAAGUUCCAGGAAAUUUCAUUUCUGCUGCAUUUUCUUGGUAGUUGGGUCUCGAUUUUUUCCGUUUAGUUUCUUUCAGGUAAUUGUCGAGCACAGUCAACAAAGCUUUUGAUCUUUGAGUUGGCUUGUCCAAAUUUGCCAAUUCUUGGCAAGACUUUGCAACACUUAAUCAUGCUUCUUGAGACAAGAUGAAGCAAAGUCAAGGCUUUUCCUCCAGUGGAAUUAUUGCUUGCUAGAUUGACUGUAGAGUUUCUAUAUUGAUCAUAUGGGAUAGCCUCAAUUCUGGUCCUCGAGUAUUUUUUCCUGGGUGAAAGCAAGAUGCCAGAUGUGAUUAGUGCUUCUGCUUUAGGUCCAUUUGCGGAUAUCCUCUCUUCAAUUAUAGAGUCCAUCAUUGAAGUAGUACUUUCUACCAAGAAUGUCUUUAUAGAGAAGAAGAGUUUUGAAGAACUUUCAGCUUAUCUGAAUCGAAUUGUUCCUCUUCUUAAGGAGAUUAACAGGAAGAACAUUAAUGAUUCCAAAUGCUGGGAAAAUGUUUUAGAAACUCUUAACCGACAGAUAUUGGAUGCAAGGCAACUAAUCUCGGAAUGCAGUAAGAAAAACAAGGUCUAUCUCUUAAUGAGUUGUCGAUCUAUUGCAAAGCGCAUAGAGAAUAUCACCAGGGAAAUUAGCCGUGCAUUAACUUGCAUUCCUUUAGCUUCUCUUGACGUUUCUUCAGGUAUAAAGGAAGAGAUUGUCCAGCUGAUCGACAGGAUGCGUACAGCAGAAUUUAGAGCAGCCAUAGCUGAAGAAGAGAUUUUAGAGAAGAUAGAGUCAGGUAUACAACAGAGAAAUGUUGAUCGCUCCUAUGCCAACAAUUUGUUAGUUUUAAUUGCGGAGGCCGUUGGAGUUUCAACUGAAAGCUCAGCUUUAAGAAGAGAAUUUGAAGAGUUCAAAAAUGAAAUAGACAAUGCACGGUUAAGGAAAGAUCAAGCUGAAGCCUUGCAGAUGGACCAAAUAAUUGCUCUGCUAGAAAGGGCAGAUGCUGCAACAUCUCGCCAGGAAAAAGAAAAGAAGUACUUCACAAAGCGGAAAUCAUUGGGCAGUCAACCUUUGGAACCACUUCUGUCAUUUUAUUGCCCAAUCACUCGUGAGGUUAUGACUGAUCCUGUUGAGACUCCUUCAGGGCAUACGUUUGAAAGGAGUGCAAUAGAUAAGUGGUUGGCAGAGGGAAAUUUGUGUCCUAUGACAUCUACUCCUUUAAACAAUACAAUGUUGCGGCCUAAUAAAACUCUGCGGCAGUCAAUUGAGGAAUGGAAAGACCGAAAUACAAUGAUUACUAUCGCUUCCAUGAAACUGAAAAUAUCAUCCACCGAGGAGGAAGAAGUUCUCAAUCACCUGGAACAGCUAAGGGAUCUUUGUGAGCAGAGAGAAAUACACCGAGAAUGGGUUAUUAUGGAGGAUUAUAUUCCUAUUCUGAUCAAGCUACUAGGUUCGAAAAGUAGGGAUAUCAGGAAUCUUGUUCUUGAGGUGCUCUGCGUACUAGCAAAGGAUGGUGAUGAUGCUAAGGAAAGAAUUGCUGAAGUUGACAAAUCAUUGGAAUCUAUUGUCCGCUCACUUGGACGUCGCAUUGGCGAAAGGAAGUCAGCGGUAGCAUUGUUACUGGAACUGUCAAAUUGUAAGUCAGUUCAGGAGUCCAUUGGGAAAGUUCAGGGUUGCAUACUUCUGUUAGUUACUAUGUCAACCUGUGAUGACAACAAAGCCGCCAAAGAUGCAAGGGACAUUUUGGAGAACAUUUCAUUUUCUGAUGACAAUGUUAUCCUGAUGGCCAGGGCUAACUAUUUCAAGUACUUGUUGCAACGUCUUUCUUCAGGAUGCAGUGAUGUGAAGCUCCGGAUGGCAAAGACCUUAGGAGAGAUGGAGUUGACAGAUCAUAACAAGUCAUGUCUAUUUGAGGAAGGAGUUCUACAUUCCCUUCUUUCCUUGCUGUCACAUGGUGAAAUUGAAGAGAAACAAGCUGGCGUCAAAGCCCUUCUAAACCUCUCUAGUUUACCAAAGAACGGACAGGAGAUGAUCAGACAAGGUGUUAUGCGUCCACUGCUUGAUACGUUGUACCGUCACUCAUCUUCCCAAAGUUUGCGGGAACUUGUAGCAGCCACCAUUACAAGUCUUGCCUUCUCCUCUGCAAACAGUGAAACACAGGUUUCACUGCUUGAUGCUGAUGAAGACAUUUUUGAACUUUUUUCCGUAGUUAACUUGAGUGGUCCAGCUGUGCAGCAAAGCAUUCUCCAGGCUUUCUACGCCAUGUGCAAGUCUCCGUUUGCCGCUAGUGUCAAGGCCAAGCUAGCACAGUGCUCAGCUGUCCAAGUGCUAGUGCAAUUCUGCGAGCAUGGAAAUUCAGAUGUACGGUCAGAUGCAGUCAAAUUAUUCUGUUGCUUGAUUGAAAAUGCUGAUGAAGCUAUGAUCCAGGAGCAUGUGGAACAAAAGUUCAUCGAAACAUUACUUAAGAUCAUCAAGACUUCUCAGGACGAAGAAGAGAUUACUUCCGCAAUGGGGAUUAUCUCUAACCUUCCCAAAUCUCCUCAACUCUCUGAGUGGCUUUUUGCAGCGGAAGGACUUCCAAUCAUUUUCAGCUUUCUUCCCGAGGUAAAGCAUAAGAAUCCCUGUAAGCUUCAAUUGGUAGAAAAUGCUGCUGGGGCAUUAUGCCAUUUCACAGUCUCAAUAAACCAGCAAACACAGAAGAUAGCUGGCAUUGUCCCCAAGCUAGUACGGCUGCUAGACGUAGGAACAAGCUUGACAAAAGAACGAGCUGCAAUUUCUCUUGCCCAGCUCUCAGAGAAUUCACAAACACUGUGUCGCCCAAUCCAAAAGCGUCAGGGAUUAUGGUGCUUCUCAGCUGCACAAGUAGAACUUUGCCCUGUUCACCGAGGGAUAUGCACACUAGAAACUUCGUUUUGUUUGAUAGAGGCUGGUGCAGUGGGACCUCUGGUGAGAGUUCUUGCGGAUCCAGAUCCUGGAGCCUGUGAAGCUUCUUUAGAUGCCUUAUUGACUUUGAUUAGGGAUGAAAAACUUCAAAAUGGCGCGAAAGUUCUCGCUGAAGAAAAUGCCAUACCAUCAAUGAUAAAACUACUAGAUAGUCCUUCCACCAGACUGCAACAAAAGGUUCUGAAUUCAUUAGAAAGAAUUUUUCGGUUGCUGGAAUACAAGCAGAAGUAUGGAUCCUCUGCUCAGAUGCCCUUAGUUGACUUGACACAACGCGGAAGUAGCAACAUCAAAUCUUUAGCAGCAAAGGUACUUGCUCAGCUGAAUGUGCUUCAUGAUCAGUCGUCUUACUUCUAGUGGCAGAAUCAUGAUUGUUAAGGGCUCAUAAACCAAUUAGAUGGGGAAAUUGGUUAAAGUUAGAUUUCGACUAAAGCAAGAUAUAUCUUACCUAGGCAUCAAUCCAGUUUUAUGAGAAAGAACCUCAGUUAGGAAGGCAUGAGUUCAAAUUAUUUGAUUAGAGCAUUGCCAUUUCUGAUAUGGUGCUUUCUGGCAAAGGGCAAUGCUGUAACAUUCAGGAACCACAGGUAAUAUAAUAUUUGUUUAGUUCAUUUACGGGUUGAGUUAAUCAAAUAAUUCAGGUUUUGGUUCUUUAUCUUUGAUAAAAACCUGAUUUAGGUGUCAGUGGGAAACAAGCAAUCUGGGCUGACUCCCCAUGACAGAGUGGUUACUCAAGCCCUCUUUUUUUUUUUUUUUUUUUUUUUUUUUUUUUUUGUUGUUGUUGUUGUUGUAAAAUAUGUCGAAAAUUCUUUAGUCGUUCAAGUUAUAGCCAUAUUGGUUCCGCUGUAAUAUAUUCUGAAUUCAUUAUUGUUGAAAAUCAUAGCUUAUUGAUUCUUUUAUUCCUUGCUA